CCCCUAAGUUAAUGCAGUCUUUCUCCACUGAUGUCUCUCCACAGAUAACCUCCUGAGCAGGAACUCGGUGGUCCAUGUGGCGGCGGAGACUUGCAAACUGAAGCAACUCUUACUCCUCCACGAGAUAUCAGUGGAUAGUCUGGUAAGGCUGAUUGGUAUCAUGGACAAACAUGUACUGGACAGUGCAGAGCUACAGAUGAACACAUUCCCUGAGGAGGGGGAGGGAGAUGUGCGGACAUGGAGAGAGGCAAUCAGAGAGAGAGUGCUGCGCUCCCUGGAUGCAGCUCUCGCCGUCCUCCACAUCAACACUGCUCCCAACAUGCCCAAGAAUGUGCACCAGGAGGAGAGUCUGGAGCAGAUCAUCUCAGUCACCAAGUUCCAUCUUGAGAACAAUAUCUACCCCGAGUUUGACCCUGUCUACAGAGCCGGGACCAAAGAGGGAGGAGCUCUCCCGCGGCAGAAGAGAAGGCAGGGAGGAGGGCACAGUGCCAACAGAGACGUCCAGGCCGUGUACAGGAAGCUGACUGAGGUGGUGGAGAAUCUGGCCCUCCUGCUGGAGACACAGCCACUCACUGACACCACCGUCCUUCAGAUCUCAUCGCUGGGUACUUUCCCAUUCUUUGUGGAGAAUGUCAGUUCCCUCCAGCUGAGCUCACUUCGACUAGUCAGAGCUGUGUUCUCUCGCUAUGAGAAACACAGAGACCUAAUACUGGAGGACCUCUUUGCCUCUCUCGCCAGACUCCCCACCACCAAGAGGAACCUCCGCAGCUUCAAUUGUCCAAUGGGACCAGUGUCCAGAUGGUAACGGCCCUCAUCUUACAACUGGUUCAGUGUAUUGUCAGUCCUCCUGAUGAUAGCUCUUUGACCACACCCCUCCUGCGACCUGACACACCCACUGACCCCAGCCUCAGACUCUCCCACGAAGGAUUUUGAUAAACUACAACGACAUUUUCUUGGGUUUUCAUAGGUGUUGAAGUUGCAUGAAAAUAUUUAUAAUCUCAUAUGGUGUGUGUGUGUGUGGUGUGUUUCUCCAGGCUGAUCCUGAUGUACAGAUGGUCAACAGCUAUGAGCUGGCCCUCACCACUGGGAAGACAUUUCUCUCCACGUUCAUGAAAAAGUGUUGUGGGGGGAAAGAGGAGGAGGAUUUCAGACCGCUGUUUGAUAACUUUGUCCAGGACCUGCUCACCACCCUCAACCUCCCAGAAUGGCCAGCCUGUGAGGUCCUUCUCACACUCCUCGGAGUCCUCCUGGUUCACUCAUUCAGUAAUCGUAGCAAUGAGCACAGUCUGAGGGUGACGUCUCUGGACCAUCUGGGAGUCAUAGCUGCCAGACUGCGCAGGGACGCUGCCAGCAGUGUGGACACUGAGCACGGGGACCUCGUCUCCAUCCUGGCUCAGGUGAUGCAGGGUCGACUGGAACGCAAGACCCCCUCUCCUACCAUGCUUCUCACAAUGGAUGCAUUCUCAGAGAACAGUAAACACCUGCAGAAGGCUCUCAUUGCCUACCUGCACAAACGCAGCCAGACUGAUCCUUCCUGUGCUUAUUCGAGGGAUUUCUACCUCGGCCAGUGGCUGAGGGACACCCAACUGGAGCUAGAGAAAGCCAUGAAAGAGGCAGGGGAGGAAAUGGAUCCAAUCACCACCGACGGGAACGGGGAUGUCCCUGCCAUUAGCUCCUCAGCGGCGGCACUCCAGCAGGCAGAGGUGAAGAAGGAGACCCUCCAUUCUCUGAUUGGGACCAAGAACCAGUCGGAGCUAAAACAUCUGGAGGGUGUUCUGGAUGAUAAGAGUGCAGGUCUUGUGGUGAGGUACCUGGCCUCCUCUCGAGCCCUCAGUCGCAGCUUUGAUGUCUACUUACAGCAGUUGAUCAGAGUUCUGAGUGAGCCUGAAGUCCGCAUGAGGACCAGAGCCAUGAAGGCCUUGUCCUGCAUCAUUGACUCUGACCCCUCCAUUCUCUCUCGGCCUGAUAUGCAGAGGGCAGUCCAGUGCAGGUUCAUGGACCAGUCCACUCUGGUGAGAGAAGCUGCGGUGGACCUGCUGGGUCGCUCCGUCCUCAGUCGCCCGGAGCUCACUGCUCAAUACUACAACAUGCUCAGUGAACGAAUACUAGACACAGGUGUCAGUGUGAGGAAGAGGGUUAUAAAGAUUCUGAAGGAUGUGUGUGUGCUGCAGCCUCAGUUCCCCAAGACCAGUGAGAUCUGUGUCAAGAUAAUGAGGAGGAUCUCUGACGAGGAGGGAAUCAAGCAACUGGUGAGUAGUGUGUUCAGAGAGCUGUGGUUCACCAUGCCUCCAGCUGGAGCUGCACAGAGAGAGUCUCUGGAGAGGAGAGUUGACAAGUCACUGCAGUGGUGGGGUCUUGUAAGGAGUACGAGUGGUUUGAGCAGCUGCUCCAGCAGCUCCUGAAGACGGACGACAAGUCUUCAGUCCAGUUGGUACUAACAGUGUGUCAGAUGAUGGUUGACUGCCUCGUGGAGACUCUGCUGACCCUUGACGAGACCUCCGCCACAGGUCAGGGAGGGGCUCAAAACUCGUCUCGUCUGGUGACGUGUGUCACGACCCUCUACCUGUUCUGUAAGACACGCCCCCAGCUUCUCCUGCGUCAUGCCACCACCCUCCAUCCUUACCUCAGCUCCAAAUGCUCUUCUCAAGGAGAUAUGAUGGUCCUUCACUACGUGGCACAGAUCCUGAGGCAAGUGGUUCCUCUGAUGGAACAUCCCAGUGAAUCAUUUCUGGCCUCUCUCGAGGAAGAUUUGGUCAAAUUGGUCAUGAAACACGGACAGAUGCUUGUGCAGAGUUGUAUCCACUGCCUGGGAGCAGUGGUCAAUAACGUCACUCACAACUAUCCUCUCGUUAAAGACUGUUUCCAAAAGUUCUACUUGUUACUGGAGAGAGUAAAUACGCUGCAUUCUCAGAACAGUGGGAACCCCCAGUUGAAGGCUCUGAGGCCUUCUCUCCUCCGCUCCACAUUUACAGUCGGCCUCCUCUGUAAACACUUUGACAUGGACUCCUUCCUACCCUCCUCCACCAAGGAGAACCCAGUGAGUGAGCGAGUGUUUUCCCAACUGGUGUACUUCUCUCGUCACGAGGACGAAGAGGUUCAGCUGAAGUCGGUCACGGGGCUGGGAUUUUACUGCGUGAGGUACCCCGAGAUGAUGCUGGAGAUGGCCACCAGAGAUCUCUACCUGGAGUGGCUGGCCAGUGGGGCCUCCAGCAAGAAGAAAUGCCAGGUUCUCAAGAACCUCCAGUCACACCUCAAGGAGGUGGAGGCUACACUCAAAGUGGCUGACAUGCAAGGUUCAGACAAGCAGGAGGACAAGGAAAACCUGUUGGAGUUUGGAGACCAGCAGUCCAAUGUCAGCAGCAGCAUUGCUCAGGUCUUUCUGUCUGCUAUUCUGGAGUCAUUUCUUGACACAGAGCUACAGGUGAGACUGGGGGCGGUACAGGUCCUGCUGCUCAUCAUCAGACAGGGUCUGGUCCACCCGGAGCAGUGUAUCCCUUACCUCAUCACCAUCAGUACUGACCCGGAGUCCUCCAUUAGAAUCAAGGCCAACCAACACCUCUCCGAACACUCCAGUAGAUACGGACACUUUGUUCAGACUACUCUAAUGGCAGGGGUCAAGAAAUCUUAUACAUUUCAUCGCCUCCUCUUUGGAGGAGAAGCCCGAGGGUUCACAGAGGUCGGCUCAUCCCCCACUGCUCUAUUGGCCCACCUCUACUCUCUACUGCGAUCAAACAAACAACAUCGCCGGGCCUUCCUGAGAGCUCUGCUGCGCUACUUUGAAGACUACGAGAGGAAUUCUCUGGGGAUGCUGUUGUACGUGGCCGACAACCUAGCCUACUGUCCCUACUCCACUCUCGAGGAGCCACUGUUUGUGGUUCACAACAUUGACAUGACCAUCUCAGUCUCUGGCUCCAUCAUACUCCAGACCUUUAGAGAGGCACUGGGUGGUACAGGAGCAGUUCCGAGUGGGGAGGAAGAAGAAGACAUUGCUCAGUUGUCUCAGCGAGGGUGUGACUUGGCUCACCUGGCAGAGUGCUGUCGCAGCUCCCAGGCCUGUUUCCUCCUCCUCCUCCUCAAACAACACCUCAAGAGGAUGUGCGGACUCACUGACAGUAAAUGCCAGCAGUACUCGCCGACCGAGUCAAACAAAACCUACGACAAAGCAGUCAGCAGGAGAUCAGGAGUCACCUUUGACCCCAGCUCUGUGCUGGAGGAAUUGAAGCGAAGUCCGGGGGCUCCGCCCAGGUCAAAGGACCAUUACCUCCAGCAGUAUGUUGAGUUCCGACGACUGAUGAAUCAGCUGGAUCCUUUUGAAGAGGGAGAGGACAGCGAUGUGGAGACACGUGGCCACUCCACUACUCCUGCCCCUCCCCCUCCUUCCUCCUCGUCUCACCAGCCUCCCACCACCAAGGAAGAGCCCGGGGUACAGACAGCUACGGGGGAAUAUCUGGCCCCGAGUACCAAUCCCCCCAGGGGCCGAUCUCGUUCCAGAGCAUCGUCCAGCAGCAGUGUGGUGAGUGUGGGGUCAAAGAAGAGCAAGAAGAGCAUGAAAAAGACUGAACCUCCUCCAAAACAGUCUCGCAAGAGACGGCGGUUUUUCAGCUCCGACAGCGAAGAGAAUGACCCUGACUUUACCACCUAAUUACACACGUCACUGGCAAAUCAUUGCAACCACUGCCCCAAACAAUACAUGUGUCAUAAUAUUAUUACAUCGUCAUAAUAACAUUACAUCAUCUGUUCCAAUCAUACCAAAUCUGUUUGUGUUAUCACCGUCUCCAUCUACUGCUGUGUAACAAUGUCUGCUAAUCUAAUGGUUGUGUGUUAUAACCAAAUGAAGUGACGACACCAGCUGACGUACCCCCAGAGCGGGUCUUCACGUAGCGCUCACAACCUCUGGUAAAGUGAGGAAACAAUUUUGAUCCUCUGACAGAUGAUCUAGGACUCUGCCUGGCUUGAGACAUGUGGUCUCUAACAGGUGAUCUUGCACUGUGCGUGGAGAGGCUGACUGAAGAUGCUCUGGCA